GUCCUCAGACUAGCUACCGAGUUGGUUCCAGCGACCCUGGCAGUGAUGGGAGCCGACCAGGUCUCGCCGUUUUGGGCCGUUCUCUUCUACUUCAUUCUGAUCAUGUUCGGAAUAGCUCAGCAGCUCGCUAUUUGGCAUUGCGUCAUCACCGGGAUCAUGGCUGUCAAGGCCAAGGUUUUGAAAUCGUGGGAGACGACCAUCACGUUUUUCAGUUGCGCCUGCGGCUUCAUCCUCGGACUUCCAAUGGCGACGGAGAUGGGAAUCUACGUCGUGUACUUUUUUGAUUACACCAUUGGAGGAAUAUGGUGGCUGGUGAUAGUCAUCCUUUUGCAAAUAUUGGCUGUAUUCAUGGUACGAGGAAGACCUUACAGUGGAGAUACUGUGGUAACAGCGCUUUUUUAUCAAAAUAACCAUCCAUGCUUUUUGUCAUGGGCGCCAGCAUUGCUUUCAUUCACUUGGAACGUUAUUCUGCCUGUAGCACUGAUGGUCCUAUGCAUCGCAACAUUCAAAAAUGGUAGCUUCAAGGAUAUGUUCAUAUGGCAUCAUGCUCCUCAUGCAUCAUACUGGCCUUUAUGGGCAAGGCAGUUCAGCUCGAUUCUGCAGCUGUUUCCUAUCUUGUGUAUACCGCUUGUGGCGGUUAUACAAAGCUACAGGUAUUUGAACAACGGACCUAGCGAUAUUUUAGAUGAAUACGAGGAUCCAUCAAUACAUAGGAUCCAGUUGCUCUACAGACCGCCAAUCGGGGAGCAUAUGGAUGAGCUAGCAGUCCAGGAAGCGGCCGAAGCCAUUCGUGCCGAAACUAACACCGCCAACGCCGCUACAGAAGACCCCCCUCCCAAGUACACCCCCCCGCCAUCAUACACGACAGCUACGGGAGCCCGCCUCGCCAAGUUCCUGCGGCAAAGCAUACGAAGAAGCGUCAGAAGAAUCGCCAACGUUUUGGGGGAGGGCAGCAGCAGGCAUCGGGGGAUUAUCCCCAGCAGCAGCCCCUCUAGCGUUCCACCUCCCCCCGACUACAAUGCUGUUUUGGUUGAGAUGAACAGUAGACCCACUUCGGAUGAGCUGUCUAUGACAGUCGUGGAUGGAUCAUCUGCUAGGCUGUCGACCUUGGAGCGGCUGAGAAAUCUCCAGACCACUUCUACGGCAUUGACAGCAGCUGAAGUUGCUUCCAUUUUGAGGAGCAGUUUCAGGAGAAGCACAGUGACGUCGCGAAAUAACACCAGAAUGCCCAAUUUCAACGAGAACAUGGCGUCACUGAGUGCGCAGAAUCUAAUCGAGUCUGCUGCGCCGAUCGGCCAGAUGUCGCUAGUGUUGGACGAUUUGCCGAGGAAUGAUGGCGAGAUCAAAUAUGAUAACCAUACUGUGAUAUAGAAUAAGGGUUGGAGUGGUCUAACGAAGGUACAAAUUUGUUAACGCGGAUCUCUCUGCUUCGGGGUUCAAUUCCCGAGGCGGGUAAUAGAAACGAAUUUUUGCUUUCCAUCGACUGUGUAGUGAAUCUUAGUCAAACUGUCCUUUACUGUGUAAAGAAGAGAAUCGAGUGUAAUAUUUUUUGUAACAAUUUAUUUAUACAUGUAACGUUAGUUUUUGUACAUAAUUGAUUACUAUAUUUUCGUGAAUGAACCAACGACUAAAUCAAAAUCAUCACUAACUUUUGAUAUUUCGUACGUUUUUCAUUUUAUCUUAACUUUUGUAGUAAGAACUGAUAUUCAUUCGUUUUUCGCUUUAUGUAAUGCGUUUUUCCUCAAUAAAAAUGCUACAGAA